CGAGAGAGUAAGAGAGAGAGAGAGAAAAAGAAUUAUACCUCAUGUUAUAUAUUCAAGGGAAUUGAAUAUACUAAGUCAAUGGAAUCUCUGGAAUUACUUUCGUUAAACUUUUAUAAAUCUAUACUAAAAACCAACGUUGGAAAAUAUAUAUCAUUUCAAGAGUUUUGUUCAAAGCUAUACGAUCUAAAGCUAACAACUCGAAUCGAAUUGAACGAUUUGCACUCGCAAUUCGACAAUUACGGAGAAUCAGCUUUUAAUUACUUAAUUCAAAUUCUAACCGAUUCUACAAUAGACAACUUUUGCAACAAUCUCAAGGAAAACGACAAGAAAUCUAUUAAAGAGUUUGCCAACAAGUUGAAAACCAGUAAGAUAUUAUGGAAGCUAUUAAUUGACGAUGUAAAAUGUCUAAGGAGAAAGGAUUUAUGCGAGAUCCGCCCACUACUCUUCGAAGAGAUUAAACCCAUUCGACUAUCGGAUGUAACCGCAACUAUAAAAUUAAUAACAACUAAGGAUAAAAGCACACUUGAAAAUUGUUGUGAAUGGAAUGGAAACGGCGUCGAUUAUAGUAAUUUCUACGGAAUUUUUGAUAAAUUCAAUAAAAUCCUAAUAGAAGGAGGAGAAGGGAUUGGAAAGACUAUUCACGUUCGACAUCUUAUCUAUUGUUGGGCGAACGAUGUUUGGGAAAAGCAUACAGAUAAAUUAAUUAUUCGUCUAUCCUUACGCAAUUUAACUAAUCAACAAGAUAUCUUUGACGCAAUUAUUCAACAAAAUUUCCAACAGAUUAGCUAUAUCGACAAAAGACUCGUACAGUUAUUUUUCCACGAAAACAACUCCAAAGUUCUACUAUUCUUAGACGGAAUAGACGAGAUAAACAACUCGUACGGAAUUGAUGAUUUAACGAACGGCACUUCAAAUAGAGAAUUAUCAACAGUGGUUAAUUCUAGAAAAUGGAAAAUUAACGAUUUAAUAAAUAAUCCUAAUCCGGAAUUAUCGACAAUUGUUUGGUCGAGAAAGUGGAAAUUAGAAGAAAUACAAGAAUCAUUCGAUAUAGUAUUUGAGUUGGAAAGUUUUAAUGAUAAAGAAUUGAAAUAUUUCUACGAAAAAUCCAUUAUUGGCUGUUCAGAAAGAAUUCAAUACUUUCUUCAAGUGCUGAACAAUCAAAAAUGGUUCAUUAAGGAUUUUUGCCGAAUUCCUUUAUACUCUCUAAUUGUUUAUAUUGUUUGGCAGUAUAAUAAAUGCGAAUUUAAAGAGAAUCGCUUCGAAUACUAUACGGAAAUCAUGAGGAUUAUUCAAGAGAGGGACGGUCUCGAUAAGCGAAACACUAUGCCAAUUAUCCAUAAACUACACAAGCUGGCGUUCAGUCACCUAAAAACGAAUCAAUCAACAAUCAACAUUGCCGACGAUCAUCAACUAAAAGAGAUUAUAGUCACAUUAGGCAACAUUCUUCAAUUAGACGAUCAAAACAAUGUUCAAUUCUAUCAUCACUCCUUUCAAGAGUUCUUUACGGCUAAGUAUAUUAUUGCGCAAUAUCCGAUUAAUUUCUCCGGACGUGUUAAAAGCAUAAGUAAAACUUGGAAACAAUUCGAAAAGAAUAUGAAAGAAUUUCUUAUGGCAGUGAAAAGAAUUCAAUUUUUCAACACAAUGAACUUUAUUAAACAAGGAAAUAUUGAUAUAUUUGAAAAAAUCAUUCUUAAAUUUGAUAUUAUUCCAACUCUAUACGAAUCUAAAUAUCUCGUAAAGGAACACCUUGGAAAGAGACGCUACCAUAAUUACGAAUUAAAAUUAAACGACACGAAUGAAGGACAUUCAAGUUCAACAAUACUAGCCGUUCUCCUACAUAGAAUUGGAUCUAAUCUAACCAAUAUGACGAUUGCAAUUAACUCGGUUUCUUUCAAAUCUAUUCUUCAUAUUUUAAGUAAACAUUCACCGAAUUUGAAGGAUUUAUCGUUGAUUUGUGGCGAAAGAAUAGAGUUGUUCUAUCAGAGUGAAUCGUUUCUAGAAGUUUUUCUAACUUUAAUCUCUUCAACGAACGUCGAAAGAAUACAAUGGAAAAAGCAUAUUUUCAACAUCUCUUCCCACAGCCGCAAUAGAAACGAAACGAAUUCGACAAUACAAAGAUUCAUUGAAGAGUUUGAAAUUUCCAACGAUCCUAAUUGCAAAGACGUCUUCGAUAUUCAAACGGCAAACGGUUCAGUUUUCUUGAAAAGUUAUCAAGAUAAAAGCAAACACUUCCUACGGAUUGUUGAUAGAAAUUACAUGAAUUUUUUAAGUAAAUUAAACGAUACGGAGACUUUAAUACUCGAAAAUAAAAUAAUACCAUACUAUAUUUAUUUGGAUUUUCACGAUAUGUUGGAAGAGAGAAAGAAGAGGGAACAGAUCAAAUCUAUUAUCAUCCUCAAUACAAUUGUACGAAAUAGAGAUAAUUCAACGUUUAUCAACUACAAUAGUCAUUACAAAAGUAACGCUUCCAACAUACCAAAUGGAGUUAUAGAAAGUAAACAUGUAGGAAAGUUUGUCCUAUUGAAUUCCAACGUAAAUUGCUCGAAUAGAGAGGGAAAGUACGAAUUUCUUGCCAGAACUAAGAGAAAGGCAUUAAAAUUGAUCAACUCUUCCUCAAUUAAUGACAAUACCGGCAGCAGCAAUAGUUUUGAAACGAAUCUCGUAAUUGUCGAAGAGAGUAUGAAAUACAGAAACGACUGUAGAUUGAAUCUAUGCAAAAAGGACGACCUAUUUAAAAGACGUCGAAUGGUUGGAAAUUGUUUUCAUUCAAUUAAACCGUUCAAGUAUUUUAUGAAAAAGAACAUAAAAGAAUUACAAGUGAUAAACAUUAAUUUUCAAUAUAUGCCUACAACGAAACUUGAUAGGGAUGUAUGGAAAUUAAAUUCAACUAUAGAAGUAUUGGAUUUUAGCUAUAGUACCUUUACAAAUCAGACUUUUUAUUCAAUAUUCUCAGCCUUAAAGGAACACUGUCGUCGUAUAAUUCAUAUUAAUUUAUCAAAUUGCGAACUAACCGAAACACAAGGUAAAAUACUAAGCGAUUUAUUAACGAAACUAUCAACAAUCAAGGUUAUUAAUUUGGCUUCGAACAAACUACUCAAAGGCAGCUUUGAUAAAAUUAUUCCAUCUCUGAAACUCUCCGAUCAAAAGAUUCAAGAAAUUAACUUUUCAGACUGCAAUCUAACAACUGAUCAGGGUGAAUUGAUAAGCGCUAUCCUCUUGAAUUGCUUUUCGCUUAAAUCGCUUAAUCUCAGCUCGAAUAGGAAAUUGAAAGAAAGCCUUUAUUCAAUCAUUCGCUCGAUAAAAAGGUCUAAUCCUAGAAUAGAAUACUUAAACUUUUCCAACUGCAAUUUACAAGGAAAUCACGGAAUUUUACUAGCCGAAGUGUUUGAAUAUAGUAAAUCAAUUGAAAAAUUCUAUCUGGCUACCAAUCCGGAUAUGAAGAGAGGACAAGGCGCUCUCCUUUCGUCGUUAAAGGGAUGUAGUUCGUUAAAAGUUCUACAUCUGUCCACUUGCAACCUGAACGCAGAACACGGACUACUGCUUGCCGAACUAUUCUCAAUAUGCCCCCUAUUGGAGGAUAUUUGCUUGAAGAAUAACGACGAGAUUGAGAAGGGUUUUGACGAUAUUUUAACGUCUCUUCAACAGUUACGUUGUUUGAAAAAGUUCAAUUUCACUAAUUGCCGAUUGAAUGACAAACACGGCAAACUAUUGGGUGAUUUAGUCAAACGAUUUAAUUUUAAACUUGAAAAAGUCAAUCUUAACGGAAAUAUUAGCAUUACAACUGGCUUUGAUAAUAUAUUAUCUAGUUUGAAAGAGUCGACAACCCUUCGGGAGAUUAAUCUAUCGAAUUGCGGAUUGAACGUUUGUCAAGGAGAAAUAUUGUCAAAAAUCGUAUCGAAUUGUUCGCAUUUAUCGAAAUUAUACUUGAAAAACAACCAGAAUAUUGAACAGAACUUCUAUUCGAUUAUUAAAUCGUUAAGAUCGUCAAAUCACCUUAAAGAAAUAGAUUUCUCCGGAUGCGAUCUGAACGAUAAAUGCGGAUUAUUGCUUGCGGAAAUCUUUCGAAAUUGUUGCACUUUGGAAAAAGUCUAUUUGAAAUGUAAUCAUAGAUUAGAGAGUAGUUUCGAUAAAAUCAUUUCGUCGCUUAAAAGAUCUUCAAAGAGUCUUCGAGUAAUCGAUCUAUCCGGUUGUGGAUUGAAUGAAAGGAGCGGAUCGAUAAUUGCCGAAUUGUUUAAAAGUUGUUGUUCGUUAGAAGGGAUUCAUUUAAAGUAUAAUCAAGAUAUGAAAGCAAGCCUCAAUAAAAUUAUUCAAUCGUUUCAAACAACUUUAAUACUGAACGAAAUUGAUCUAUCCGGAUGUAAUCUGAAUGAAAAACAGGGCGAAUCAUUGGCUCAAGUACUGCAAAUUAAUAGGUCGUUGGAAAAACUCUAUCUAAGGUAUUGCAAGAAUAUUGGAUUAGGUUUCUAUCCGAUUUUCUGUUCUCUCGAUACGAUUACCACCCUAAAAGAAUUGGAAUUAUCCGGAUGCGGAUUGAAUGCAGCUCACGGAAAGCUGCUCGCCAAAGUAUUACGCCGUUGCAGUUGCUUGGAAAGAAUUUGCUUGAAAUUUAAUAAAGGUCUUUGUUCAAGUUUCGAUACGAUUAUUGAAAGUUUACAACGGCUGAAAUAUUUAAAGGACGUCGACUUUUCCGGUUGCGAAUUGAAUGAAUAUCACGGUAAAUUACUGGUAGGAUUACUUAGAAAUUGCCCUCUCCUACGUAGAAUUGGAUUGGAUUAUAAUAAAACCAUUAAAGGAGAAAUAGAUAAUAUUCUUGUUGCGAUGAAGAGAUCGUGGAUUAUCGAUCAAAUCGAUCUAUCGGGCUGCGGAUUAAAAGCGAAACAGGGAGAAAUUCUCGAAGAACUAUUCAUAAAUUCUUAUUCAUUUCAAAGAAUCUACCUUAAAUACAACGGAGGCGUACAAAGCGGUUUCGAUAGAAUUAUUUCAUCGUUAAAAUUGUUACCCUAUCUUAAAGACCUUGACCUUUCGUUUUGCGAAUUGAAUAAGAAACAGGGAAAACUGUUGGCUGAAUCCUUUCAAAAGUGUCUACUAUUGGAGAGAAUCUAUUUAAAGAAUAAUUUUGGUAUGGAAGAAAGUAUUACUAGUAUUAUUCGCAGUUUAGAAAAGUUGCGCAAUUUAAAAGAACUAGAUCUAUCCAGGUGUAAAUUGAAUGAGGAGCAAGGAGUUAUCUUGGGUAAAGUUUUUAAAGAUUGUCCGCUUCUGGAGAAGGUUCUUUUAAAUUCAAAUAUGGACAUUAACGCAGGUUUCAACUCUCUAAUUCCAGCCUUAGAGCUGCUGCACAAUCUAAGAGAAAUAGAUUUAGGCUGUUGCCGAUUGACAAUAGAACAGGGAAUGUUGCUCGCAAAAGUCUUUAAAGAUUUCGCUUCUCUCGAAAGAAUCAAUUUGAAACGAAACUUUGUUGACUUGAGAACGAAAAUUGACGUUGUAAUAUCGCUCUAUUACAAUUUGAGUGAUUCUGUACAGUUGGAACUAUAAAUUUGUAAAUAUUAAAAUGGUUGAACGCCAUCUCUAUUAUACAAUUUGGUGUGUGUCCACGUGCAUAUAUACACAGUAUAUAUGUAUAUUGCAUAUACAAAUACAAACAUGCUGCCAAGUUGAAAUCCUUCUUUUCAAUGUCUUUAUCCUAAAUAUU